AUGAGCGCGGCCCCCUCGGACCCCGCCGCGGUCCCGGGGACGGGGACGGACCCGGAGACGGUCCCCGCCGCGGUCCCCGUCGCGGUCCCCGCGGCGGCGGUGCGGGUCCCGGGCGGCGGCCGUGGAGCGAAGAGCGGGAAAGUGUGGGAGGCGCAGGCCCUGGCCCGGCGCUGCGCCGCCCGCAGCCCCGACUUCCAGCCGUGCGGCGGCCUGCCCAUCUGUCACACCCACAGCCACGGCAGGUGCUUCAAGCUGCACUGGUGCUGCCAUCUCGGAUGGUGCCACUGCAAAUACGUGUAUCAGCCCAUGACCCCCGUCGAACAGCUUCCAAGCACCGAAAUUCCCGCCAGGCCCAGAGAGCCCACGAACACCAUCCAGAUCUCGGUCUCCCUCGCCGAACACUUUUUGAAAUUCUCAUCGGUCUUCCAGCCCCCCCUGCCCCCCGACUCGCCAAGGUACUGUACCAUUUCAGACCUCUUCAUCGACAACUAUCAGGUUAAGUGCAUCAACGGGAAGAUGUGCUAUGUUCAGAAGCAGCCGCUUCCCCAUCCCCCGAAAGUGAGCCCGGAGGAGCUCCCUGCCCAAGGUGCCUUAGCUUCGAAAGAGAACGAUACGCCAAAAAUAGAUCACUGCUCUUCUCCCUCGAGCUCCGAGGACUCGGGCAUCAACGCGAUCGGGGCUCACUACGUGGAGUCUUGCGACGAGGACACCGAGGAAGGAGGGGAAUUGAGCUCGGAAGAGGACGACAGCCCGGAGAGCAGUUGGGAGCCGGAUGAAUGCACCCUUCUCUCGCCGUCGCAGUCCGACCUGGAAGUGAUCGAAACGAUAGAGACCACGGUGUGAGACGGCUGACCCAUCGGGCCCGCGCCGAGGGAUGUUGCCCGUCAAGUUUUUUGUACCUUUCUGUCUGGCGGAUUUGUUUUUUCCAACGCAGACUUUCUAACCCGCAUCUAAUGAAAGUUAACACGUGCGCUGAUGAGGCGUACGUAUUCCUGGGUCUGUCUGACGGAUGGUUUUAAUAUAUCUGAGCUUUCUUAAAUCUAACUCGUAACAAUAACAGAUUUGUUUUAGUACGAAAGGUGUUUUUCUCUUUUAACUCGUCACCCUGGUCGUGAAUUAAGACUCACGAGUUUCAUCCUGUGGGCACUUGAGAAAUUGAUUUUUUUUAGUGGUAUUUAUUAAGAGCUUACUAUUGCUGGGCACUCUAUUAAGCGCUAGGGUAGA